CUUAGCGGUAGUCAUCUUCGGAGUCAAAUGAUGAGUCAUACUCCCGGGUACAAACAAUUUACUUUAAUAUACUCAUGUGUUAACACUCGCCAUUCUUUGCAGGGUUUUAGCGAUUUACUGCGUGAACCGUUGAUUUUCAAAACUAGAAUAUUUUUAUAAUAUUGGAAAUUUUAUCUCGAUAGAAGAUUUGCCAUACGGAUACGUUUGGCGGAAUCAUGGGGAAAAAAUUUUACUUCAGGUUUGCGUUAUGCUUGGUACAAUGAUGUACGUUGGAAUCUUUAAUGUACUGUACUUAAUGGCUUUACAACCCCUAAUUGCUGACUGCUGUUGGGAUAAGAAAAUAUCGUUUUUCUAUUUUUAAGUUCGUUUCCUUGUUGUUUCACCUCCGCGUUCUUUGUUCACGUGGUUGAAACAUCGAUGCGCAAUUGGUUUUGUUUUACGAUUUCUUUGUCAUCCAAUCAUUUUCGGUCAUGGUUUGUUGUGUGUUUUUCGUGGGCAGUUGGUUCGCCCACGCAAUUUUGGCCUCUAGUUCUUUCGUCCAAAUAAUAGUUAAUGACUAUUGCUUUGUUUUGCGCUUCCUUUUUCGUGGUUUACGCAUAAAGUCGCUCAUGUGGUAUUGUGAAAUCUUCUUCGUUCUUCCGAGAGCACGAAGAAAGCGCACGUUGUGUCGAAGAGCGAUAUUUUGUCUCGGCAUCGUGUUGAAGAUCAACGGUACGAUGUAAAUCGUUUUGCAGACGCACAGUCGAUGUGCACUUACGUUUGCUUUCACACCUCCCACGCACUGCCAGCAUUUAGACGUAAUGAAUAUUACAUUUUGACCAAUAGGAGACGACGAAUGUGUGCUUUUUACGUCGUGCGUUUCCCACAUCUUGACUUCGUCAUGUUCGCAAUAACAACAGUUCUCUCGACCAGUCUGAUCAACAAAUGCCUAUGACCGAAGGCCCUGUUCAAAAUAGCCUAUAGUUUUACUGGCUAUUUGUCUCGUUCUUGUGCAACAGCGACAUGGUGUGGGCGGAUAUUCCCAAUUGUUGCCCUAACAACGCUAUAGGUGCACGCCAGCAUCUCUGACAAAGCUGUGUAGUUAAUUGUUCGAAAUAUUUCCCGCUGGAUAUUUCUUUCGUUCUUGGGCAAGUGAAAGAAUCCUUUUUCUCUACACAACGAAGAUUAUCAUAACUAUAGACUUUGGAAUUUGACGGCCUCGCGAGCACUGAAAUAGCGCCAUUUUAUUCGUCGUGGGCAGAAUAUAAAGCUACAACCUUCUUGGCGCAUUUCGUUCUGUUUAAGUGGAAUAAUGGUGUUUUAAUGAAAACGGGAAGACAUUGCCACUGUAUGGGUUCGGUUUUCCGGAAGUGCUUAAUACGAAUCGUGUUCUCAGCGUUGCUCGUCUAAGUCUGUUUACAUACAUCAUAUGAACGAGAAAAGGCGAAGACACCGAAGGCCUUUAGUUUGAAUUAUCACAUCUGCACCUUGUGCGUGGCCAUUUAUGCGACGAGUCUAUGUAUAGAGGAGAGGAAAUGCGCUACAAUGAAAGCAACAAUCGGAGUUCACCCUCUCCUACGCUUCGAGAUCAAUUGCUGCGUAAGCUUGUCGAAAGCCGUUCAGCGGAAACGAACAGCAACAUGGACUCCUCCGAAAGUUCGCCAGCUAACUCGCCAAUUCAAUUUUCACGUGCGGGGGAGUCCCCUUGUAGAGAGGACCGUGUUACCCCUCCGACGUCACACGAUGCCAGACACCUUGCUCCCUCCGACGCGCAGCCCAACAUUCGCUUUGGAAAAGCUCCCACACUAGGAAUACCAUAUGGCACCCCUAUCUCUUUCCCUGCUGGAAGUUUGCCAAACCUUCAAGCUAUACCAGGCGCUGCGAAUCUUGAGCCUGCGCAAUUGAACCAACUAUUACUGAACUCCGCAUUGGCAAGCGGCAUGUUCCAGCCAAGUCCUGAGCAAAGACAAUUUCAACAUCGGCUGCAGAACCAAAUGCUAAGUCAAGUGCUUUCCGAAGGAAUUGACAAAGAGACGGAGAACGGGGUGAAUGUAGCCGCAUUACGUCAGGCGCAAUUGAAGGCACUCGCAUUCACGCAGGCGCAGCAUGCCCAAGCUGCUGCCUUAGCUAGUUCUGUUGCGGUAACAGGUUGUGCUCCCACUAGUGUAAGUGGACAGCCUAACCCGUUACGGCGCAGUCCUCAACUUUCACCGGCUAGUGGCACUUCGGUAAAGCGACAUAGACCAUUGCGGCAGACCCAGUCUGCGCCCGGUCUGUCGUUGCCCGCUAACCUGCACGCCCAACAGCAAUUUCAGCAACAAGCGCAACUGUUGCUGCAGCAACACUAUCAGGCGCAGCUGUUGCGGCUGCAACAGCAGCAGGCAUUGCAACUUGAAAUGCUGCGGCAACAAUUGGGUCAACAAAAGUUCGAACAGUUGCUUCUUUUGCAACAGCACCAAUCCCAUUUGCAAGCCGAACAAGAUUCAAAGUUAAUGAAAGAACGCUUAGAAGCGCACCAGACUAAAGACUUAAACGAGCAUCUUGCUCUAUUGCAACAAAAGCAGCAUGCGAUAAACGAAGAACAAGAAGCGGGCGUUGUCAUGGAACAGUUGAAAAGACAACAUAACAUUCAGCAGCAUGUUGUACCGGAGCGCAUUCACACGCAUCAACAUAAUGCACUCGAAGCUAGCGCGCCUGUACAUCGCCCUCUAUCACGGGCGCAUUCUUCACCGAUUGUCGUGAGUCGUAUUGCUGGGCAAGGUGCUUCGACAGGACUAGUGUACGACACCCUAAUGUUGAAGCAUCAAUGCACGUGUGGUGAUGUAAGUUCCCACCCUGAACACCCUGGAAGAUUACAAAGUAUCUGGGCAAGACUUCAAGAAACCGGAGUCGUUUCAAGAUGUGAGCGAGUUCGAUCAAGAAAGGCGACGUUAGCGGAAAUUCUUACUGUUCACAGUGAACAACACACGAUGCUCUACGGUGGAAGCACACAGCUGAGAUCAAGAGGACAGAAUGGUGACAUGACGACCUUGAAAUGUUUUACAACGUUGCCAUGCUCCGGCCUUGGAGUUGAUGCCGAUACGAUAUGGAACGAAGCGCAUAGCGCCAACGCUGCACGAAUGGCCGUCGGCUGUGUCACUGAACUUGCCUAUAAAAUCGCCUCGAGAGAUCUUAAGAAUGGUUUUGCCGUCGUUCGUCCACCAGGCCAUCACGCAGAAGCACAUCAAGCUAAGGGAUUUUGUUAUUUCAACGCUGUCGCAAUUGCGGCCAGAUUACUUCGCUUGCGAAUGUCCGUUGAAAAGGUUCUCGUUAUUGAUUGGGAUAUUCACCAUGGCAACGGCACGCAGCAGAUGUUCUAUGAUGAUCCCCACGUACUCUUCAUAUCCAUACAUCGUCAUGACGACGGUACUUUUUUUCCUGGGACUGGAAAACCGGAAGAGUGCGGUGCUGGCGUUGGAGUUGGUUACAAUGUUAAUAUUGCUUGGAAUGGUGGUCUUGAUCCCAUGAUUGGAGAUACUGAAUAUCUUGCCGCGUUUCGGACAGUGGUAAUGCCUUUGGCUCGAGAAUUUGCUCCCGACAUUGUACUUGUCUCCGCUGGUUUCGAUGCUGCAGGAGGACACAGUCCUCAGUUGGGGGGAUACAAUGUUUCUGCUGCAUGCUAUGCAUACAUGACUCGACAGCUGAUGAAAGUUGCCAAUGGUCAAAUUCUCUUGGCCUUAGAAGGAGGAUAUUCUCUACCUUCAUUGUGUGACUCUGCCGAGGCCUGCAUGCGUGCGUUGCUUGGAGAUGAAAUCCCGCCCUUGGCUGAAGAACAUUUAAGAAAUCGGCCAAACAGAAACGCGACUCUGUCUUUGGAACGAACACUGGCUGUUCACGCCAAAUACUGGACGUCGUUGAAACGUUCCCAAAAUCAGGUUCAAUGCUCCAUUCUCGAAGCAAGGAUACGCGAAAAGGAAGAAGCGGAGACAGUGACGGCACUAACGUCGCUAUCGCUGCAAGUCGCUAAUGGUAGUGUUAAGGGCUCCGACGUCACAAUGGAAGACAUGGAAACGUGAAAGUCAUGAUGCUAGCAAGAUCGAUCCACGAGGAUCUAAAAACCCGACAUCAUCGCUCCUCGCUCUGCUGGAUCUCCAAUCGUUGGCAGACCCAGAAAAAGUCUUCGAUAUUGUGUUAAUUGCUUAUAUACUGUACUUGGCGACAAUCUGAGAAUAUUUUCGUUCGAAACCUUUUUGUUUGCAUAUAAUUUUAACGAAUAUCUAAAAUUUGCGGGGAGCAUGGAUUUCAGGUCUGGCAAUACGACCAGCGUACAACGUAAUCAGUGGACAUUCCGGAAAUGUGGCCGGAAACUAAUUCGAUACCUUGGGCUCGCAACAACAAAAAUUACGUGAAAGGGGCUUGCCUGACAUCAGCUGCUUCUAGAGUUGAUGCGUUGUGACUCGACUACACCGUUUGCAAACGUCGUAGCAAGGAAAAUGCGGUCUAUAGAAACGUAUUUUGACGGAUCCAAACCUGUUCAGUUUGACAAUUUGAGCGUCGUGUCGCUCGCAUGAUCAUUGUUGAAGAAUUGAACCAGCAGAUAGAAAUUUAGUACAAUUGAUGAAUGUAAAUUACUAUUGUAUAUAUUAUGCAGUUAUUAAAGAAAAAAUUUUUGUAGAAAAAA